AUGCGCCGCAAUCCGCAACGCCCUCGCUCCGGUGAGGGUGUCGUCGCAACCCCUCGUACCCUCGAACCACCUACCAAGAAGAUCUUCAACUGCAUUGCCGACGAUUCUGCUUUGCUCGCAGGCGCUAAAAAGAGCACUCGCGACGGCAUCAGGAAAUGGAUCGCCAACGGUCAAAUUAGGCUAUUCGUGCCUCUCUACACCCUCGGCCAAGCCACUCGCCUGAAGGACGGAAAUGGUCGCAUCAGCAGCGACGCCGAAGAUGCUCUGGUUUGGCUCGACGACGCCACCAGCACCUACCCUCACCUCGUCACACUCCAGGGCGGCUUUGAAAAGUUCGAGACAUGGGCAGAAGUCGAGAAGUUUGCUCUACCCAAGACACUCUUCUCUGAGGGAGAUGUGGAAGAUGAAGAGGUGGACCGCCUUUCCGAUGACCUUGCCAAGAAUACCGAGUCCAAACUCACAGUCCGCGACGCAACCCUUUCCAUGAGCUCUGCCGAUACCGAUUCCCGUUCAGCAACACCCUCGUCAGUUCACACUGCUCGUAGUUCGGUCAGUGCCGAACCUCCCAAGGAAUGUCCUCCAAAGAACCGCGGCCGUACCCAUACACCCAAAUCAUCCACCAAGAAGAACAAGUCCGAGUCUGAGUCUGAGUCGUCCUCUGGAGUUCCUUCGCACUUGCGCCCUCUUUUCAAUUAUAUCUUGUGGCGCAUCCACCAGGAAUUGGACCCCGUUGCUGCUCUGGAGUCUUUCAUCUUCCUGACCGAUGACCCGACCAAAACCAAGCUCGCUCAACGUUUCGGUAUCCGCACAAAAAGCCUCGCCGACAUUCGUUUCGUCGUAGCCAGAGAAGAGCGUGAAUUCAAGAAUAGACAAGUCGUUCAGCGUAAGGAGAUCGAAAGCAACGCCGUGCUCGCUCGUCCCGAUGGUCGCGCUGCCACCGCAAACGUUGCAGCCACACCUGUCAAAGAGGAGGACAUUGUACGCCCAGAGCUCUUGCCUGUCGACGAAAGACCUGCCCCGGUCAGCGAUGAUGAGGAAGACGAGGUCUUGCUGAAGCGUCCACCCAAGGCUCCUGCCGCCAUGCUUGCUCAACACAAGUCACCGAAGCCUGGAAACAAGGUCAUGGACCCUAACCAGUUCUCGCGCGGAGCCCAGACUCCUACUCGUGGUAACGGAAAUGCUCGAGGUGGUUCCUUCAGAGGCAACACUCCUCGCGGCCGUGGUGCUGCUUCCUUUGCACCUGGGCCCUCCAGCAGAAACGUCACCCCAGCAAAGCUUGACCUCACCCCUACCACCAAUGGCAAUGGACCUAUCGACCCUAACUCGUUCACUCGUCCUUCUGCCAACACUAACAAGUUCAGAGGCGGACGCAGACUUUGGGUCCCCACGUAA